AUGGUUGUGUUUCAAAGGAGAAUAAAUGGUGGUCGAUUUUACAGAGGUUGGAAAGACUAUAAAAGAGGAUUUGGAAGUUUGCAGAAUGAGUUUUGGCUAGGCAAUGACAGACUCCAUAUUCUGACGUCACAAGGCAAAUUUGAACUGUUGAUAACCAUGCAGGAUUUUUCCAAUCAAAACCGUUAUGCUAUGUAUGAUAACUUUGAAGUAGGCGAUGAGAAAUCGAAAUACAAGCUGACAAUUAGUGAUUAUAGCGGUAAUGCAGGAGAUUCUUUUACAAGCCAUCGAGGGAGCAAAUUCACAACAAAAGACCAGGAUAAUGAUGUCAAUUCUGGAAAUUGUGCUAAUGAUUACAAAGGAGCCUGGUGGUAUACAAGUUGCCAUGCCUCAAAUCUAAAUGGACUCUAUCUAUCUGGAGAACAUUCUUCACAUGCUAAUGGAGUGAACUGGUAUCACUUUAAAGGUCAUUAUUACUCAUUGAAAACCACAGCAAUGAUGAUAAGAAUAUUAAAAUAAAAAAUGAUGUUUUCGUUUCACUUGCAUGAAAUAUUCAUUAAAACAGUCUAGCAUA